GCCAGCAAAGGGGUACACUGGGACAAAAAACAGGUCUUUAAGACCAAACCGAGACUUCAGAUAAUGUUACAUUCCUUUCGAUCUUCUCGCUCACCAAACAGUCAAAAAUUUCCGAACAGAUCUGGGAAGCGUGUGGUUAUAAAUGCAGACUCGGUAUAUGGAGAGGACCAAAUCUAUGAGCAGAGGGAAGAGGAGUUUGGAGGGGGGAGGAGGAGAGGAUGAUCAGCCGGAGCGCAAGCGGCCCGCUCUCGCAAGCGUAAUUGUUGAAGCUCUAAAAGUGGAUAGUCUGCAAAAGCUAUGCUCAUCUUUGGAACCUAUUCUUCGUAGAGUUGUCAGUGAAGAAGUGGAACGUGCUUUGGCAAAAUUAGGCCCUGCUAGAAUUGGUGGAAGGUCUUCCCCAAAACGGAUUGAAGGUCCAGAUGGACGAAACUUGCAGCUGCAGUUUAAGUCCAGAUUGUCUCUUCCUCUCUUCACUGGAGGGAAAGUAGAAGGCGAGCAGGGUGCUGCAAUUCAUGUUGUAUUGAUUGAUGCAAGCACUGGCCAUGUUAUGACAUCUGGACUUGAAGCCUCAGUCAAACUAGACAUUGUUGUACUUGAAGGUGAUUUUAACAAUGAAGAUGAUGAAGGCUGGUCCCAAGAAGAAUUUGAAAGCCAUGUGGUGAAAGAGCGUGAAGGUAAGAGACCCUUGUUGACUGGGGACCUGCAAGUGACACUCAAGGAAGGUGUGGGGACGCUAGGGGAACUCACAUUUACAGAUAACUCAAGUUGGAUAAGGAGCAGGAAGUUCAGGCUUGGCUUGAAGGUUGCCUCUGGAUUUUGUGAGGGCAUACGCAUACGUGAAGCAAAGACGGAAGCUUUUACUGUUAAAGAUCACAGAGGAGAAUUGUACAAGAAGCACUAUCCACCUGUAUUAGAUGAUGAAGUAUGGAGACUGGAGAAAAUUGGCAAGGAAGGAUCAUUCCACAAGAGGCUAAACAAUGAAGGAAUAUUCACAGUUCAAGAUUUUCUUCGUCUUGUGGUUCGAGACCCACAAAAACUUCGUGCUAUCCUUGGUAGUGGCAUGUCAAAUAAGAUGUGGGACGCUCUCUUAGAGCAUGCAAAGACUUGUGUCCUGAGUGGGAAGUUUUAUGUUUACUAUUCAGAGGAUGGAAGAAAUGCUGGUGCUAUUUUUAACAACAUCUAUGAACUGAGUGGCCUUAUUAACGGGGAGCAAUACUUUUCUGUCAAUUCUCUUUCUGACAACCAGAAGGUCUAUUUAGAUAUGCUGGUAAAGAAAGCAUAUGACCAUUGGGACCAAGUUGUAGAGUAUGAUGGCAAGGCAUUCUUGAGCUUCAAGCAGAAUAAGAGGCCCAUUGCAUCCCGGAAUGAACUUGAUAUGAGCCCAUUUGAUUACUCUGGUGCUUUGGAUCAUCAACUGCAUCUACAAAGCCUGCCAGUUCCUUCAGAGCAGCCUCCCAUGGAUUCUGGCUUACCUGCUGGAGCUUUAGGGUACAAUGAUACUCUGGCAACGAGGUAUUCAACCCAGUCACAGAUUGUAAAUUCAAAUUCUCGUAGCCUGCUUGACAGCACUUCUUUUGCACUACAUGACCAUUUGAUAAGCAACUCUCACCAAGCCCAAAGUGCAAGACAUAAUAGCAGUGCUGUUGCACUGGCCCUUGGUCCUCCACAAUCAGCUACAUCAGGAUUUCAGGCUAGUAACUCUACAACUCAACCAUCCACUCUUAAUCCUUUUGAAGACUGGUCACAAAACCGGGGCAAGGGAGUCGAUGAGUUCUUUUCAGAGGAAGAGAUUCGCAUUAUAAGUCAUGAGAUGCUUGAGAAUGAAGAUAUGCAGCAUUUGCUCCGAAUCUCUAGUAUGGGAGGUCAUGCCUCCAUUAACAUGCCGGAGGAUGGGUUCACAUUCUCAUCAUACAUGCCAUCACCGAUGCCAACCUUCGAUGAGGAUCGUGGGCGACCUGGAAAAGCUGUUGUUGGGUGGUUGAAGAUUAAGGCAGCAAUGAGGUGGGGUUUCUUUAUCAGGAAGAAAGCAGCUGAGAAGCGAGCACAACUUGUUGAGUUAGACGAUGAAUAGAAGUUGCUAUGAGGAUGCAGUUAGGUUUUCUCCUCUAACCUUGGCGCUGCCUUGCUCUUUUGCAAAUCAUCAAUACUCCUAAUGAUUGCCAACAAACUUGUUGGUUUGAAAGUCUUGGGGAUCUCUGUUGUAAAUACAGCAGGAGUUCUCUUGUACAGUUUGCAUGUAUAGUUUUUGUCAAUCACCUUUCAUUCUAUUAAGAUGCUUUCUCAUCACCAUACCUUUGGUUUUGUGAACGGUAUAUCGUCGCAUUUGGGUUCCUAGGGGUAAAUGUGCUUUUCAACCCCUUUCUUCUUGUUGACUGAUUAGGGGAACAUUUUUGGUAUGACUUCAAUUUGUUGUUUGUAUCAUUGUACAAGAAUGGUGGGUUCUAAUAUUAUGCUAGUUCUAUUUUUCUGAUUUUUUCAAA